AUUUGUCCUGACUUAUCCACGAAUAAUUGUGUCAGUUAUUCGAAACCUGUUGAGUGUCAGCUCACUACUUCCGAAAAGUGCAUACUAUUUUACCAUUCGAGAUUUGCACAUUCCCGUCUAAAAAUAUAAUGUAUUUUGGCUAGUUUAUUUUUAAAUUGUAUUUACAACAAAUCUUGCAUCGUAAAAUAGAAGUGUUUAUAUCGUGGUCAGUUUCAGUGCAUAUAGUUUAGUUUGACUAAUGGGCAGAACACAUGAAGUUGUUUUAAAUUUGCGAAGAAGUUCCCCUAACGAACACUGGGGUUUUAGUUUAGUGGGAGGGUCAGAUGUGAAAACUCCGCUAAUUGUUACAAGAGUCGGAUUUGGCUCCCCCGUCGAGGGUGUCCUUCAUCGGGGUGACAUCAUCACCAAGGUGGGAAACUAUGACUCGAGAGAUAUUCGUCACCAAGACGCCCAAAACUUAUUUAAAAAUGCUGGCAACAACAUUCGGGUUGUAGUUCAGAGGGAUAGUACUCCGCGUCAUAAUACCAGCACGGGAUCGUCAAGGACCAGCUCUCACAACUAUAGUCCUCUCUCAGUUUCCCCUCACCUUUCACCGAGAGGGCCUGGAUACACUCCACCAGGCUAUAGCCCCGGAGGGUCAGCUCUAACUCCAUAUUAUUCGACACCUCUGACGCCUAUUGACAACAACUAUUUCGAGAUUUACGAGCAUGGCCACCAUAGGAAGGAUAGCGGCGAUGAGGACAUUCAUGUUACUAAACAGCCGUACCGUACCACUCCUUUGGUACUACCAGGUGCCAAAGUAAAACGGGAACCAGGACCCACCGAGAGUUAUCUCCGUCACCAUCCUAAUCCUUCUGUUAGAGCUCCUCCACACCACCUAGACACGGAUCACCUCAUAAAACAGAAGCUGGUCCACAAACAGUUCAACUCUCCCAUUAAUCUAUACAGUGAGCCGAAUGUAGUUGACACAAUUCAUAAACAGACAGGACUACAACCACAAGUUCGUAGACAGGUAAAAUUCAAUCCAGCAGAUAGCGAGACCUACAAGGCUCUCCAGGAGGACUCACUGGGCGACCACGUGCAAGAAGUGGCUGUUCCUCCUCAAAGUAAAAUUUAUGCACCUAACAAAGCUAUUCCCGCCAAGAAACCAGCAUACGUAGUGAAUCAAAAUCCCCAGUAUGGUAAUUCCCUUGGCGAAUCCGACAUCAUCCAGCAAAGCGGAUCCUUCAAGAGGCUGAUGUGGAGCGUCCUCCCUGGCAGCAACUACUAAGCCUUCGCCUUACUAUUAACACUAAAAGUAUGGAAAUGAGUGUGGAUCAUGAAUUAUUCCAAAAAAAGGAAUACUUCACGGUCGCCCUUUUAAAAUUUCGAACCACAAAACGACGAAUAUUUUAGAAAUGUUCGACAAAUAUUUUUAUUUUAAAUAUAUCUUUCAAAUUAAUCAUUUGUAAUGUGAAUAUCUGAGAAGCAAAUACGUAGAGCCAUUCAAGGGCAAAUUUAUUACACGGAUGAAUUUGAUUGGUAUGACUAAAUGAUAUUAUACUUUUUCUUACAUUUACUAGAGCUUUUAGCUUUUAAUUCUAUGUGCUUUUGAGAUAUCUCCUUAUUUGCAUGUAAUGCAAAUGAUAUUUGAUUUCUAUAGAUUUUACAUAGAACUAUUUAUGUUGUAUUUAUUGUUUUAUUUUAAAGGUUUAUUCAACGAGUGUACUCUAGUCAAAUUACAUAGAGAUAAGUCUUUAUUAGAUUAAGCUGAACACUUCUUAAAACUUGUUAAUACCCAUACCUUACCUUAAUUAUUCUUAUAUUAUCAGCUGAUUAAAUCUUAAAAUGUAUAUGUAAUAAAAUCGGGAUUGUUGUUAUUGUACACAUUAUAUUUAUAUUAUUAUUGUUACUGCAUAA